UUGUUUUUUUUUCUUUUAAUGCAGUGACGGAAAGGGAUCUAUUUGACAACUGUUCUCAGGUAUCUUGGCAGUUUUCCUUAAACUAUUCAGUUCCUUAUCUCGCUCCUUUCAUUUCAAAUACUGCAAGUUCCCAAGCAACUCAAAUUUGCAAACACAGCUAUGGAAACACUAUUUGCUUUAUAAUAGUUACCUGGGAGUUUGGGUCUGUUAUUUGUUACUCUCCCCACCCCUCCAUUUCUUAAUCACAUGUAACUAGUGACAUUUACUGAUGACAAGUUCAUCAGUCUGUGGCAGAUGGUUGGUAGCCUCCAGUUUGAAGCAAGGGAAGAAUGAGUAGUAGUCAAGAACUGGUCACUCUGAAUGUGGGAGGGAAGAUACUCACAACAAGGUUUUCUACCAUAAAGCAGUUUCCUGCCUCUCAGCUAGCACGAAUGUUAGAUGGCAGAGAGCAGGAAUUCAGGGUGGCUGGUGGCCAGAUUUUUGUGGACAGAGAUGGUGUUUUAUUUAGUUUCAUCUUAGAUUUUUUGAGAACUCACCAGCUUUUAUUACCCACUGACUUCUCAGACUAUCAUAGGCUUCAGAGAGAGGCUGCUUUCUAUGAACUUGAUUCUCUGGUUGAUCUAAACCAAGAACACCUGUUACAGCCAAGACCUGCGCUCUUGGAGGUGCAUUUCCUAUGGCGGAACGCUCAACCUUUUUUCAGGGUGUUUGGCUCUUGCAGCAAAGCAAUUGAGAUGCUAACUGGGAGGAUUACAGUGCUUAUAGAGCAACCUUCAGCACCAACCUGGAAUAGUAACUCUUACCCUCCUCAGAUGAUCUUACUUCCACUGCCUCCACAAAGACCUUCCUACCAUGACUUUGUUUUCCAGUGUGGCUCUGAUAGCACUACUGAUCACCAAACUGGAGUCAGGUUUUUUGUACCUUGAAGCAUCUCUCUUCUAUACCAGUUCCUGAUGUUUCCCUCAAAAGAGUGUUUUUGGGGUAACUGGUGCAGUUGGGUUAUAAUUGGAAUGACCAAAUAAUUAUUGUCCAAACUGGGACACUUUGUAAUAAAGGGGGUGCUAUUAUGUGGGACAACAGGAAUAAACCAAGACUGUACAGGGGAAACUGGGACUAUGGUUAUUCAAGUUGUAGUAGAAAAUAAUUUUAUAUGUUAUUGUUCUAUUACUAAUGAAUUUGGCUUAGAAAUGAAACAUUUUUUUCAAGAGAUUCUUUUACUGUCUGGAAUAUAGUUUUUCCUCUGUAAUUUCUUACACACUGUGUAUUUCCUCUUUCAGUACUUAUGAUUUGAAUAUUGAUUUUUUUCUUCAUCUUUUUAAAAAAACACCCUAAGGGCAGAUAAAUCCCUACAACAAAUUUGGUAUCCUAUUACAUCUGUGUGUGGUGCUCUUUGACAACUCAGAAUAUUGGGAUAGGCUGUCAGUAUGUUAAGAAUAGUUUCUCCUGAGUCAAGUAUUCACUACACCCCCACCCACCCAUCCCUGUUGUUCUUGGCUGGGUCCCGAGGCUGAUAACCAUUCUACUGUCAUGGCGCAUUUACUGUUCCUUAACGCUAUCCUACUACUAUUUUACUGUAAAAGCUGGCUUCAAUUUUCAAGAGUUAAAAAAGUGCUGCAUGUAUUCUUUACUGAUAGUAUUUUAAAUAAGCAUACAUUCUUUUUGGUGAAGUUAGAUAUGUUUUGGGUACUUUUUGAGUUUCAUCAGUAGCCAUCAGGAAGGAUAUCAGUGUCUGCCUCUUGCACAACACACCUGCUGGUGCUGCUCAGUGACUGGAUGACCCUGGACAGUAUAACCCAGUAUGACAUGUCUUAGGUUUUUACACUUGAUAAUUCCCUGCCCCUCUGAACAAACAAGUUGAAAUGUUAUUCUGGGAAAACAGAGCCAAAGUAAUAGGCUGAGGAGAACCUAAGAAGCUGUUUUUAUCUCGAAGUAUUUUGAGAUCUCUCUGUAUGACUUUCUUUCAUUGGUGGGGCACUAACAAAUAGAAGGGAAAGAUCAGAUUUUGUUUUGUUUUGUUUUUGCGUGAUUGAAGACCUCUUCAAAAAGUUAGAAACCUAAGGGAAAAUGCUGUCACUGAGUUUACAAAGAAUUAUGUUAAGUAAAAAGAAGAUAUUCUGGAAAUGCUGAAUGCUCUUUAAAAACUGCAUUUGGAGGAAUUAAUUGUAAUCUUGAAAAACAAUAUUAGAAACUAAAAUUGGGAUAGUACUGAGUGGCUCGAUUUUUAGAAACAGUAUAUAAUUUUUCAUCUUCAUGUAAAAAUAGCAUUAUAUUUAAACUUCCAAGAUAGAAAAUUCCAAAACAAGAAGCUACUUUAAAAACUGAUUAACUUUUUUUUUCUAUCACCAAUAGUAUUCUUUUCAGUUAUUUCAGAAUUUAUUCAUCCAAUUAAUGGUUUUGAUUUUUUUUUUCGAUUAGUGCCCAUUUUAAAGUAGAGAUAAUUUGAAUAAAGUGACAUUAUUCGGAUUUCUUGCUCACUUUCUGGUCUAAACUUAUCUAUUCAGAUGUUCUUGGAAGGUAGAAAGUGAAGGAGUAAGCCUUAAUUGGCUCUUCUCAAUCUGGUGUACCAUAUAGGUAGCUACUCGGUGUGUUGCACCAAUGUGAGUUCCAUGCUAAGGUCUUGGUAGCCUAGCAGGUUGCUCAGUUACUAUCUCCCAGGUUCACAAUACUAGAAAUACUUGGCUUGGAUCUUGCAGAUGGUCAGUCAUGUGACACCAUGCUGUCGAGCUCAAGUUACAAUCACAGGGUUCUACAGUCUCUUUGGUUAUAUUUAAUCUAUUCCAUUUGACGUCUCUUUUUUUUUACACCAGUUCAAAUAGAAAAGUAGUUCUCUUUAAAAUUUUUUAAAAUAGGUUUUGAUUUUGGUUUCUCCUAUCCUUUUCUUGUUCUCAAAAGUCAGGAGUCAAGUUCUUUGGCUCAGUGAUUUCUUGGAAUUGCAUACUACUUUGUUACCACCUACUUAUAGUAUAUUACUGUUUAUAGCUUCAUUUUUUUGUGAGAUGCUCUGGUAACUUGUUGUCUUGGACAGAUGUUUCUAAGCUAUACAAUUAAGAACUGGGGCUUGGGAGUAGCUGGAAUGAUUUACCAAUGUUAAAAAUUUGCUGUCUCAAAUAUAAUAAACUUUUUUUUUUU